UCUAAUUUUGGAGUGGGAGUCGUCCCCUGUAAACCCUACUUCUCGAACAGAUUCCGAACUGGGGUUUACAGCAGAGCUUAUUCUAAACACCUCUGCGCCAAUGGAGGAGACAAUCGGAAGAAGAAAAAAGUCGUCGUCGUCGGCUCCGGCUGGGCUGGCCUCGCCGCUGCUCAUCACCUCUGCAACCAGCCGAGUGGUGAAUAAGAUAAUUUCGCCAAAAUUGAAGUGUUCUGUGGAGUUUCUGUUUCAGGGAUUUGAUAUCACCGUUCUUGAACCCAGCAAUGAUUUUGGUGGUUCUGAUAAUGUUGGAAUUCGUGGUUACUGGCGUCCCUAUCAGAAUAUAUUUAGCCUUGUUGAUGAGCUUGGUAUCACUCCUUUCACAAAGUGGACAGCACCUGCUCAUUAUUCAGUUGAUGGAUUGGAGGUAAAAUUUCCAAUAUUCCAAGAUCUGCCUCAACUGCCAACUCCUCUCGGAGCCUUAUUCUAUACAGGAUUCCUCUGGCUCCCAUUAUUGGAUCGGUUAACAUCACUUCCUUUGAUGGCUGCAGUUAUUGACUUUGAUAAUACGGAUAUGGCAUGGAGGAAAUAUGAUUCAAUUACCGCCCGGGAGCUAUUCAGUCGGUUCGGUUGUUCGGGAAAACUCUAUAGCAGCAUACUCAAUCCUUUGCUUCAAGUGGGACUGUUCGCUCCAGCCGAGCAAUGCAGCGCUGCAGCAACCUUGGGAAUUUUAUACUACACUAUCCUUACUCACCAGAAAGAUUUCAAUGUAGUCUGGUGUCGUGGAACCAUUAAAGAAAAGAUUUUCCAGCCAUGGAUGGACUCUUUGGAGAGCAAAGGCUGUAAAUUUGUUAGGGGUAGCAAAAUCACAGAUGUAAUUGUUGACGAUGAUACAAAUUGUCUCUCGAAAGUUCUUUGUGGCAAUGAAAGAUACCAGGCUGAUGCAGUUGUAUUUGCCAUUGGAAUUUCUGAACUCCAAGAGGUCGUUCGUAAUACUGCAGCAUUAUACAAAAAGGAGGAGUUCAUCAAGGUUUUGAACUUGAGGAGUGUUGAUGUGCUCACUGUGAAGCUUUGGUUUGAUAGAAAAGUUAACUUUCCAACUGCAAUUAAUUCUUGCUCGGCUUUGGAUAGUUCUUUCGGGUGGAGUUUCUUCGACUUAAACACAAUUCAAGAUGAACACAAAGACGAAACAGUUACAGUCUUUCAAGCUGACUUUUAUCAUGCCAACGAGCUAUUACCACUGAACGACGAAGUUAUAGUCGAAAAGGUCAAAUCCUACCUCUCGACGUGCUUCAAGGACGUCGAGAACGCGGUCGUGGUGAAGAAGGAAAUCAGAAAGUUUCCAGGAUCCUUAACUCACUUCUCACCUGGUUCAUACAAACACAUGAUGCGCGGUUUUACAUCGUUCCCGAACGUGUUCAUGGCUGGAGACUGGAUCGUAAACCGUCACGGUUCGUGGUCGCAGGAGAAAUCGUAUGUGAGUGGGGUUGAAGCAGCCAAUAGAGUGGUGGAUUUUCUUGAAGAAGGAAGCUUUGCGAAGAUUUUACCAGUAGAGGAAGAUGAGCCUCAUGUGGAGGCUCUUCGUGGUCUCAACAGAAGGAUCGAUGAGUUCGGAUCCCAACUUCCAUUGUAUGGUUUCUUCCUCUAAUGAACUAAUGGAUGAACGUUGUUGUUUAUCCUGCAAUAGUUUUGUAAAUGUUUGGAAUAAUUACGAAAACGGAAAAUUUGAUGAUGUAAUUAUAAUAAAAUAAUGUUUA